AGUCAGUGAGUACCUGGAUGUAGAAAGAGAGAGAGAAGCAGAGAGAGACAGUCCAGAGUGUACCUUGGUGUAGAAACAGAGAGAGACUAGUGUGUACCUGGAUGUUGAGGCAACAAGAACAGACUUGUUUAGAAAUUGUGAAAAGCAGAAGAAGAAGAAGAAGAAGAAGAACGCAUGAGGCAGGAAGUAGGAAGUGUGAUACCAGCGGGUUCCAUAACGUCAGCCUCACUUAGCUCACCUCCUCGCUAUCUCUCUAGAUAAUGUGUGUGCACACGUUUGUGUGACUGUGUGUGUGUGAGUGUGUGUGUGUGGGGGGUGUGAGGUCAGAUGUGUGUAUGUAUCUGUGUGGAUGUCUAUGUGUGUGUGAGUGCGCGCACGACAGGAUCUGAUACUGAAGAAUGUCUCUGAAACUACCUCGGACAUGGGACUUCUCCACCUUCAAGACGGAGACGGCCAGAAUAGCGCGCUCCAAGAGUGUGAUGCCGGGCGAGAGCAGCAGCAGUGCGGGGGCCGGGGCCCCCGUGCCCCCGGCCCCGGGGCCCGCCGAGAGGCCCCUGAAGGCGGGCUGGCUGAAGAGGCAGCAGCGGUCCCUGGUGAAGAACUGGCAGCACCGCUACUUCGUGCUGCGUGGGAGCACCCUGACCUACCACAAGGACGACCGCGAGACCACCACGCAGGGGGUCAUCCAGCUCCGGUUCAGCCGGGUCAACGAGCUCCCGACAAACUCAGAGGAGCCAGGGAAGUUCCUGUUCCAGAUCGUCCCACGGAGCAGCAGGGAGCGGGAGCGCUCUCCGUACGUCUUCAUGACCAGCUCCCAGACGGACCUGGAGGAGUGGGUGCGCACCCUGAGGAGAGCCAUCGGGACCCCCACAACGGGAGUGUUCGGUAAGAGUCUGGGGGACACGGUGACGUACGAGCGGCGCUUCGGGCCUCAGCUGGUCCCCAUCCUGGUGCAGAAGUGCGUGGAGUUCAUCCGGGAGCACGGCCUCGGCGAGGAGGGCAUCUUCCGCCUCCCGGGGCAGGACAACUCGGUGCGGAGGUUCAGGGACGCCUUCGACGCCGGGGAGAGGCCGUCCUUCCCCAGUGACACUGACGUCCACACGGUGGCAUCGUUGCUCAAACUGUACCUGCGGGAGCUGCCGGAACCCGUGGUUCCCUGGAGCCAAUACCAAGACUUCCUGAGCUGCACCUACAAGAUCGACCCCAGCACCACGGGCCUGGAGAGCUUGGAGAAACAGAUCGCCCUCAUUCCCAGGAUAAACUACAACCUGCUGGGUUACAUCUGCAGGUUCCUGUUCGAGGUGCAGCUGGAGUCCAAGGUGAACAAGAUGAGCGUGGAGAACCUGGCGACCGUGAUGGGAAUCAACCUGCUGAAGCCCCAGAUAGAGGACCCCAUCACCAUGAUGAAAGCCACGCCCCAGAUCCAGCGGCUGAUGACGCUGAUGAUCCGGCACCACGAGGAGCUCUUCCCCCCCGCCCGGGACCUCCCGCCCUCGCCCCACGCCAGCAAGACCCGGAAGAAGAAGUGCAGCGCCCCCCGAAGCUUCGUGGGCUGGGAGGGGGCCGAGAUGGCCGACGCCUCGCUGUCCGAGUCCCCCGAGGAGGACGAGGACAACGACAGCGCGGAGGACGGCAGCCCCACCCAGCCCUUCCCCUCCCGCCUGGACCCCUCCGCCUCCAGCCCCCGCAAGCGCACCCAGACGCUGCCCAGCUUCCAGCAGCCCCCCCGGGGGGCCGCCAAGAAGGGGGAGGCCCUGAAACAGCGGAGCUGCACGCAGGACGUCCCGGAGGAGAGGAUGGGGACGCUGUCGGAGGACAUCUUCAAGAUCCUGGACCUCCACCGGGUGGCGCUGUUUGGGAGCAAGACGGAACGGGAGGCGGGCCAGGAGGGCGGGGAUGUGAGACGGAGAGGAAGCCGGGGCUCCGCCUCUUCCCCCAAAUCCCCGAGAGUCCCCCGGGCGUCUGAAGACCCCCCAGCACCUGCUGAACCACAGAGCCCCCAGGCCUUCAGCGGCUCAGGUCUUGGUCCUGGUCCUGGUCCUGGUCCUGGUCCUGGUCCUGGUCCUGGUCCUGGUCCUGACCCUGACCCUGGUCCUGGUCCUGGUCCUGACCCUGGUCCUGCUCCUAGUCCAGGUCCUGGUCUUACUCCUGCUCCUAGUCCAGGUCCUGGUCUUACUCCUGCUCCUAGUCCAGGUCCUGGUCUUGGCUCAAGCCAGCCAGAGAGCCAACAGACCCUCCAGCUGAUCAUUGAGAGCCUGCAGCAGAGGAACGCUGAGCUGACCUCCACCGUGACCCAGCUGACCUCCUCCCUGGAAGAAGAGCGCCGCCGUGUGGCCGCCCUGGAGGCGUGUCUGAGGAGCGCUGGCCGCAGCCACGACCAACCCCCCCCUGACCAGAACACAAUACUGUGACACAUCACCCAGCGGCCAACUUGGAUGGCCAUCUCGGGCGGCCAUCUUGAAUGGCCAUCUCGGGCAGCCAUCUUGGAUGGCCAUCUCGGGCGGCCAUCUUGGAUGGCCAUCUCGGGCGGCCAUCUCGGUGCUCAACGGUACCUGGGUGGAGGAAAUCAAAGCAGAACACAUCCAGUUAGCUCCACCCAGCUCCACGUAGAACCAAGAUGGCCGCCUGUCAGGGAUGGCUCGUUCUCACGGGAACCUGAACGCCGUUCUUUAAAACACAAUUACAAUUACAAUUAGGGCAUUUAGCAGACGCUUUUAUCCAAAGCGACUGACAUCGGUUAAUACACACAUUGACACACCGACGGCAGAGUCAACCAUGCAAGGCGACAGCCAGCUCGUCAGAAGCAGUUAGGGUUAAGUGUCUCGCUCAGGGACACAUCAACACUCAGCUAGGAGGAGCUGGGGAUCGAACCAGCAACUAGCUCUACCUCCUGAGCUAAGCCCGACCCCCCCGACCCCUCCACACGGUUGCUGAGUUACGAGUGCGUGUAAGGCCUGUAUUGCCCAAUGUUUAUCAUGUUAUUUUUAUUAUUAUGUUAAGAGAUUCACAUUGAGGACCACCACUGUUUUAUCACCUUGCUCACAGACAGACUAUGCUUUUCCUCAGCAUCUUAAAAUAUUUUAGUAUCGAAUGUAUCAAAAUUACAGUAUCGAAUGUCAAGUAAUUUAAAAUGUUUUGUGCCAUGAAUAAAGUUCAACAAACCUCUUUAACCACUGAAA